AGAAGCAGCUGCGGCAUCGAGGCAAGCGGGCUUCGUGCCUCCUGAACGCACAGAGCCAUGGAAGUCCCAGCCAAGGAGGGCAUUGUCUAUCUGCAGGGCAUAAAGUUCGGAAAGAAGAACUGGAAGAGAAUCUGGGCCAUGCUGUUCCAAGCGAGCUCCUCGGGCAUUGGCCGAAUGGAGCUGUGCAGCGUGCGGGACGGCGGAGCGGGCCUCAGCGCGGCAGCCCUUCGGCAAGGCCUCAGGAGGACCGACAGGACGGUGAUCCGCCUGGCCGACUGUCUCAGCGUGAGCGCCGCCCCCGAGGAGAGCUGCCCCCCUGACUGCACCGCCUUCUACCUGAACACGACGCAGCGCACCUACAUGCUGGCCGCCGAGCCCUCGCACGACUGGGUGUCCAAACUCUGCCAGCUGGCGUUCCAGAAGAGCGACGGGUACGAGAGCUGGCCGGCUGGCAGGAGGAGCGAGGAUGUGCCCAUGCCCAUGGCCGAGAACGAGCUGUACUCCUCGCUGGCAGCAGCCGAGUACACAGUGACAGUACACAGGACGGAGGCUGCGAUUCGCUGCAACCUCACAGGAUGCUACUUACUGUCGCUGGGCCAAGGAGCCAUGUCCCUGCUGGACCCUCUGACAGGGCAGACCAUCUACUGCUGGCCGUACCACUUCCUGCGGCGCUUUGGCCAGGACAAGGACGGAGUAACUAUCGAGGCUGGCCGGCGCUGCGAGUCAGGGGAGGGUCACUUUACCUUUCUGUCCAAGAAUGGCAUGCAGAUCUACAGGGCAAUUGAAGACGCCAUAGCCAAACAGCGCAACUCCACUUUUGAACCAAGGGACACGUCAAAGUACUCUACAGGAAAUAGGAGGAGAGACCUACUGGAUGGCCUGUCCAGCUGUCCAGACACAACCAUUCCAGUGGUGCUGCCCAGGAGCAUCUUCCCUUCUGAUGUCAGCGGCAAGCUGCCACUGCAGCAAGUGAACCAUCCCCAUGCGGAACCCGAGGACAUGCUGUACUCCACUCUACAAGUACCUUUUGUGGAAAAACAACAACCUGGAUCCCAAAGGAUGCAAUGGAGCCCCCCAGUAACCCACCGGAGGAAGAGCAGGCCACAAUGGGAGGAAGAGGAAUAUGGAUGUGAGCUGGAGGAUGAGGAGACACUUCACUCCCUCGAGAGCAUUUGUCUGGAUGACCUGAAGGAUGAUGUCUGUGAAGAAAAGUCUCCUCUAUAUUACAACUGCAAGGAGUGGAUAGGUGAGAAAGAAGUCGUCCAGCAGGACUGUGAUGCUGUAAAAGACAUGUGUUCCAUAGUAAUCCCAAAAGCAGAGCAGGAGCAGCUGAGGGACAGCCGAGGCCUGCUGAGCCACACACCUCCUGAUACGAGGAGCACUGAGAUGCCUGCUGACUUCAAGCAGAAGCUCUCCAACAUCCUGUUCAAGGACCUGGCCAAGGUCCAGCCUCAGCUGGCCAUCAGGAACAGUGAGGCAGCAAAGACAGCAUACGACCAAGACAACUGA